AAAAAUGGAGGCCUGUCUGCUCUCUUCUUCUUCUUCCUAUUCUCUCGGAAACACCAAGUCUCUCUCCAGGUCUUGUUCGAGGACUUACCCUCACAUCAUAUUUGUGUCUGGAAUAAGGAGGUCUAGUAACCGUUGGACCCGGCUAUCGGUGACCUCAAGUUUCAGACCAACCGCGGUCGAGAACUCAACUUUCGAUGUCGUCGUAGUCGGGGCCGGGAUUAUUGGGUUAACCGUGGCCAGGCGCUUCUUGAUGACGACCAAUCUGUCAGUCGCCGUGGUGGAUGCCGGGGUCCCAUGUUCCGGCGCAACUGGUGCAGGCCAAGGUUACAUAUGGAUGACACAUAAAACACCUGGAAGUGAGACAUGGGAUCUCUGCAACAGAAGCAAAAAGCUAUGGGAAGAUUUGGUGGAUGAGUUGCGGUUUCAUGGCGUGGAUCCUUCGCAAGAGCUAGGAUGGAAGAAAACAGGAAGCUUGUUGAUUGGUAGAACUCCUGAAGAAUCGGAGAUGCUGGCAAGUAGAGUUAAGUUACUCUCUGAAGCUGAUUUGAGAGCAGAGUUCUUGUCUGCUGGUUCUCUGGCUGCAGAAGAGCCAUCUCUUCAAGUUGGAAGGGACUGGAGUGCUGCUUUUGUCCCAGAUGAUUGCCAGAUAGAUGCUCAACUUGCUGUGGAUUUUAUUGAAAAGGGGAAUAGGUCCUCUGGUUUGCAGGGCAGGUAUAAGGAAUUCUUUCAUGAGCCAGUAAUCUCCUUAGUAAGGUCCGAUUAUGGUGGUGAGGUUGUGGGUGUCCAAACUUCCAAGAAUAUACUGUACUGUGAACAAGCUCUUGUAGUGGCAACUGGUGCCUGGAGUGGAUCCUUAAUUCAAGACCUUUUCAAGGGAUUAAACAUCUCAUUUUCUGUCCCUGUGAUACCUAGAAAGGGGUACCUUGUCAUAUUAGAAAAUUUUCAGAAAAUGCAACUAAAUCAUGGUAUAAUGGAGUUUGGAUAUGUUGAUCAUCAGAUCAUUUCUCGAUCAUCCAAUUUAUCUGCUUCCGGAGUUUCUGAAUGCGAGAAGUUGUCAAUUUCAAUGACAGCUACAACUGAUGCUACAGGAAAUUUGCUUUUAGGAAGUAGUCGCCAGUUCAUUGGAUUUGACAAUGGAAUGGAUGAAUCUAUUGUGAAUUGCAUAUUAGAUCGUGCACAACAGUUUUUUCCUGCUUUAAGAGACCUCCCUCGACAGGACAUGUUAAGAAGCAGAAAAAUAAGGAUUGGAUUUCGUCCUUACAUGCAUGAUGGGAAACCAAUUAUUGGGCCUGUUCCUGGCUUACCAAAGAUGAUCCUUGCAGCGGGACAUGAAGGAGGAGGAUUGACCAUGGCCUUGGGAACUGCAGAAAUGGUCGUGGAUAUGGUGUUAAACAACGUCCCAAAAGUUGAUCCCACACCAUACUCGCUUCAAGGCAGGUGUUGCAGCUAGCUCCUGUUCAUCCCUCUUCCUGGGAAGGUUGCAAGACGUGGGAAAGCUACAUAUCCUGCAGGCAUGAGUGCAGUCAGUCCUGUCUGUUUUCAAAAUUUACCGUAAAACUUGUUGGGCGAUUCAUUUUAGAUCUUGUGGGCACAUCUGCAUCCUACCCAUUUAUUGUAAAACUUGUUGGGAGAUUCAUUUUAGAUCUUGUGGGCACAUUUGCAUCCUAACUACUUUGUGCCAACGAUCAAUGUCAACUUUCGUUUUUGCAAUGACUUUUUGAGAGGGGCUUGUAAAGCGGGAUGGUGGAAUCAGUUACAGAGAAUAGCAUCUUUAGCCCUUCCUGUUAUUCCCAGUAGCUUCUUGCUGACAAGAUGGAUUUCUUGAAACUUGAAAGCAAUUAGCAUUCUCAAUGACAUUAUGAAAGAAGGUUGUUAUGAACAGCAAA